AUCCACAGUUGAGCGCUGGCGGCUGGAAUAGCAACAGUGCCAUCUUGAGAAGAUCGAGAAGAGGAAGAAGAGGAAACAGGAGCAACCAACAUGGCAGUGGAAACGGUGCAGGAGACGCUGCAACAGGCGGCGGGAGGAAGCAGUUCGGUCCUGGGAUUCAGCCCCAUGCUGACCACCCUGGUGGGCACCCUGGUGGCCAUGGCUUUGUACGAGUACUGGCGAAGGAAUAGCCGGGAAUACCGGAUGGUGGCCAAUAUACCAUCGCCGCCGGAGCUGCCCAUUUUGGGCCAGGCUCAUGUGGCCGCCGGUCUGAGCAAUGCCGAGAUCCUCGCCGUUGGCUUGGGUUACCUGAACAAAUACGGAGAAACGAUGAAGGCCUGGCUGGGCAAUGUCCUGCUGGUCUUCCUCACCAAUCCCCAGGACAUCGAGCUGAUCCUCAGCGGUCAUCAGCAUCUGACCAAAGCCGAGGAGUAUCGCUACUUUAAGCCAUGGUUCGGCGAUGGUCUGCUGAUCAGCAAUGGACACCAUUGGCGUCAUCAUCGCAAGAUGAUUGCACCCACCUUCCAUCAGAGCAUCCUGAAGAGCUUUGUGCCGACUUUCGUGGAUCACUCGAAAUCUGUGGUGGCUCGCAUGGGUUUGGAGGCGGGCAAAUCCUUUGAUGUCCACGACUACAUGUCCCAGACCACCGUCGACAUUCUGCUGUCCACCGCCAUGGGUGUGAAGAAGCUGCCCGAGGGCAACAAGAGUUUCGAGUACGCCCAGGCCGUCGUCGAUAUGUGCGACAUUAUCCACAAGAGGCAGGUUAAGCUGCUCUACCGUCUGGAUUCCAUCUACAAGUUCACCAAGCUGCGCGAGAAGGGCGACCGAAUGAUGAACAUUAUUCUGGGCAUGACCAGCAAGGUGGUGAAGGAUCGCAAGGAGAAUUUCCAGGAGGAGGCGCGUGCCAUUGUGGAGGAGAUCUCCACCCCGGUUUCCAGUGCGCCGGCUACCAAGAAGGAGGGUCUACGUGAUGACCUCGAUGACAUCGAUGAGAACGAUGUGGGUGCCAAGCGGCGAUUGGCUCUCUUGGAUGCCAUGGUUGAGAUGGCCAAAAACCCCGACAUCGAGUGGAACGAGAAGGAUAUCAUGGAUGAGGUGAACACGAUCAUGUUCGAGGGUCACGACACCACCUCGGCGGGUUCGAGCUUUGCCCUCUGCAUGAUGGGCAUCCACAAGGACAUCCAGGCCAAGGUAUUUGCCGAACAGAAGGCCAUCUUCGGGGACAAUAUGCUGAGGGAUUGCACCUUUGCCGAUACCAUGGAGAUGAAGUAUCUGGAGCGUGUGAUUCUGGAGACUCUGAGGUUGUAUCCUCCAGUACCGCUGAUCGCCAGGCGGCUGGACUAUGACCUGAAGUUGGCCAGCGGUCCGUAUACGGUGCCCAAGGGCACUACGGUCAUUGUGCUGCAGUAUUGCGUGCACCGACGUCCCGAUAUCUAUCCCAAUCCCACCAAGUUCGAUCCGGAUAACUUCCUGCCCGAGAGGAUGGCCAACAGGCACUACUACUCCUUUAUUCCGUUUAGCGCGGGACCGAGGAGCUGUGUGGGUCGCAAGUAUGCGAUGCUCAAGCUGAAGGUUCUGCUCUCGACCAUCGUGAGGAACUACAUUGUCCAUUCCACCGAUACGGAGGCGGACUUCAAGCUGCAGGCCGACAUCAUCCUGAAGCUGGAGAACGGCUUCAAUGUCUCGCUGGAGAAGCGUCAGUAUGCCAAGGUGGCCUAAGGAUAUUGAACUCCCGAUGAUGAAUCCCGAUAAUGACGAUCCCGAUCCCGAACCCAUAUCGUAGAUGAAGAACCCCAACACACACAAGCCAGCCAGAGAGUCAACCAAUCGAAUAUUCUUUCCUUCUUUUUUCUAUACUAAUUAAUACUUUUUUGUUUGUUGGUCUUUAGCGGGUGGUACCCCUAUAUCAUGUAUACGUAUAUAUAUAUAACCAACCUUCAACUUUUCUUACUACUGCUACUCCCAACUAUCUAACCACUAUCUGUACUUUUUUUUCCUAGCCAUGUAGUGUGAUUUUUUUUUCCUCUAUUCUAGUAUUUAUUAAGUCAAAUGGUUUGAAUGAAACCCAAAAAAUAUGAAAAAUACAUAGACGACAAGGCAAGUAGCCAAUGGAGCUGCAUAAAAAAUGUAAUUGCAAA